GAAGAUUGCCUGCAAGUGACACAUUUUGGAGAAGCCAUGGUAUUUCCCUAAGCGUUCUGCAGGUGUUUCUUCUUCUUGUGCAACGACAUGCAGACAUUUAGCUCGUAUGCGUGCAGAUGCCAGGAUGGGUCCGCGAUCUUCCAAGACAAGCGCCUCUGAGGUGAAGACGUUGACGAGGAAGGUCGGUCUUUGCUUCACCGCGCUGCGCAGGAUGGAGACAUCCACUUGGUGGAAAGCCUACUGGCAGCGGGUGUGGAGAUUGAGGAGAGGGACUGGAAACGUCUCUCGAGGCCGCUUCAUUUCGCGGCGGAGAAGGGCCACACGGACGUGGUGGAGCGUCUUCUUGCGGCCAACGCCGACGUCAAUGCAACCAGCAACAAGGGUUGGACGCCACUUCAUUCUGCGGCGGAGAAGGGCCACCUCCCCGUGGUGGAGCGUCUCCUUGCCGCUGGCGCUGGAUUGGAGGGAAAGACCUCGCGUGGUCGGACGCCUCUCCACUUGGCAGUGAUUGACGGCCACAGCGAAGUGACACAGAGGCUCCUGGACGCCCGUGCGGAUGUGCACGCCAUGACCGAUGCAGGUACUAUGCCUCUACACGCAGCAGUGCGAUACGGCCACCUUGAUGUGGUUCAGCAGCUGGUGGAUGCAAAGGCAGACCUCGAGGCCAAGGCUGAUGGAGGUUGGACACCCCUCCAUUUGGCGGCCAACAAUGGCCAGUUGGAUGUGGCACGACAGCUCGUAGCAGCCGGUGCCAAUGUUGAGGCGAUGGACGACAAAGGUGAAACGGCAUGGGAUAUCGCCACGCAGCGACGGACGACAGGAUGGCGGGUGUUUUACGUCCCGUCAGAGUGUCGCUGAUGAGUGGCCAUGAAGUUCUGUGUGACUAUGUGGCUGACCAAAGGAUCAGUGAAUUGAGAGAAGAUGCCCAGUCCAAGCUUGGGAGGAAGAUCCAGAUCGGGAAGCUCAUCACAAGCUGUGGCGACACUUUGCCGGACCAUAUGACUCUGAAGGAGGCUGGCAUCCAGUACGGGGAGUCCGUGACUGCCAUCGCUGAGGUCGGAGAGGUCGGAGGGGAGUUGGACGCCGCCCGCACCUGGCGCAGCAAGUACGACCUGCAAGACCCCCGCAAGCUCAUCCAGUUCCUCUUGGAUGCAAACAUCGCUUUGGUGCGACUGGAGUACUUACAUGAGCUUCUAGCCACAGGCCGAAGGUUCCUUCGCAGGCAAGAGGCGGAAGCUGAGUUGACAGCUGCUGGUCUUCCUGCACUUGUUGGACCAUCAGAGCUGGAGAGGGUGGAGAUUGAUACCAUUGGCAACCUCAGCAUCUAUGUCAAAGACCCUUCACCCCACAGAGUCACUGUGCUGAUCGAAUCGAUUUCUCAUCCCUGGGAGAGCAUGGAGCAUCCAGACCCACAUGGCUUUCAGCUCCAGCAGAUCGUCCAAAUGUGUCCGCCCCUGACGUCGACGCAUUCCAUCUGGGUGUUUUAUGAUUUCAUCUCCCUCUAUCAGUACGGUGGCCGAACUAGGCCUCAGGAGAAAUGUUUCAGAGAAGCUUUGGAGCACAUGCACACGUUGUACGCCCAUGAGGCUACGAAAGUCCGGAUAGUGGAUGAGCUCACUCCUGAGACGUGGAAGCGUCCAGGAACUGUAGAGGUCUUUUCAGGGCAGGCAGGACGCGUCAUACCCGUCUUUGUUGACCAACUCAAGGCCAAUCCAACACCUUACUCUCAGAGAGGCUGGUGCCAGGCAGAGCUCCAGUGGUCCAGCUUAAGGAUGUCAUUGGACACUGGGACUGUGCCUAUGGAACCGGGACUCUUUCGUGAAAAAAUGGAGGAGCAAGGGUUGCGUUUUACCCACCAUGAUGACAAAGAACUCGUCAUGAAGCUUCAGGCUCAAGUCUUUGCGGAGAAGGUCUUGACCACCCGGCAGUUGAUGGCUGAAAACUUGGAUGAGGAUGCUCUCAACGUCCUUUGUGCUGCUUUGCCAUUCUACGCAGAUUUAGAUGAGAUUGUCGUCACUGGCAAUCUCCUGUCCAGGAAUGCAGCUGUGGCAGUCGCCAAUACGAACGCACGUUCGUACCAAAUGGAGUCUUGCGGACUUGAAGAUGAUGAUGUGCAAGAGAUUGUGGCAAGAUUGCUUCAUAGCGACAAGGUGGAGAAACUCCAGGUAGCCCAAAACAACAUUGGGCCCAGAGGACUUCAAGUCUUGAGAGAGCUGGUGGAGGCCAAACCUGAUCUCUACAUCGAUGUGUUGGCUGGUUGAGGCUCAAGUCGUACCCGUAGACCGAGGAUUAUUGAAUUAUGAAUUCGAUCCCAAUAAAUAAAUAUAAACGGAUGUAAAGAUAUUAUUUAUAGAUGCAAGGAAUAUUACCAUUUGAA